AAUGUGGAAGCUUUAUUGAGGAUCUUUCAACUCUAUAAACUAGAUCAGAUUAAGAAACUGAUUGCCUGGGAACCAGUACAAGAAGAAGAUAUGACCUUGGUGACAGUACGGCCUAACUUCCAAGACAAUAUCCAUGUUGGUUAUAUCUCAGGUCUCAAGAAAUUCACCGAAUAUUUCACCUCAGUCCUAUGUUUCACUACUCCAGGCGAUGGACCCCGCAGCCCACCACAGCUGGUGCGCACCCAUGAGGACGUUCCGGGUCCAGUGGGACAUCUCAGCUUCAAUGAGAUCUUAGACACAUCUUUGAAGGUCAGCUGGCAAGAGCCCUUGGAAAAGAAUGGCAUUUUAACAGGCUAUCGGAUCUCCUGGGAGGAAUACAACCGCACGAACACCCGCGUUACACACUACCUCCCCAAUGUCACCCUGGAGUAUCGUGUUACUGGCCUCACUGCUUUGACCACCUAUACUAUUGAAGUGGCAGCCAUGACAUCCAAGGGACAAGGACAGGUUGCUUCCUCUACCAUUUCUUCUGGGGUUCCCCCAG